AUGGCUGAACCAACACAGCCAACGGCUUCAAAGCCACCUGACGUUGCCGUAGAGGACGAUUCUGACCCCGACUUUGACGACCUAGAUGAUGUACUCGACCAAUUCUCCACCGCGACAGCCUCACAGCAACCUGCGACUGUCACCAGCGCAGCGAAAUCCCAGCAUGACCCUACGCCCUCAUCAUCUGGCCCAGGCAGACCAGGAGGAGACGGUCUGGAGCCAGGCACGUCUUCAGCAACAGCACUACCCUCUGACAUUCCCAUCCCAUCGGGGCCCAAACCGAAUGAAUCCGAGGACGAAUUCCUCGCAAGAUUGACGGCUGAGAUGUCAACGGUCAUGUCAAAAUUCUCCAUGGAUCCAGCGGUAUCGACUGCAUCGCCGGAGGACAUUGCCAAGAUGGGGCAGGAGUUAGAAGAAUUUACACAAAGGAUGGAGGCCGAGGGCAUACAGCCAGAAGACAUGUUGAAGGCAAUUCUGGGCGAAGAUGCGGGCAGCAAAGUCGUCGAUGUGGCAGAGAAAGAGCGCGACCGACGGGAAUCCGAGUCUCAACCCAAGUCAAGAAGUCCCGAAAAAUCAAGGCCAAAAGACCAGACUUCGACCACAGCCGAAUCUUCUAGCUCCCAACCCAAAUCACCCGGAAAAUCCAAAUCCAAAGCAAAAGCCAAACCGGCGGAUUCAUUCGAAGACACGAUCCGCAAGACCAUGGCGCGAAUGGAAUCCUCAUCCGCGGCGGCAUCCAGCGCGACGCAAAAGUCGACGGCGGCGAAAUCCGAAGAAGACAUGCUCGCGGAAAUGCUGCGGGCGCUCGACGCGGAGGGCGGCGGCGGCGGUGGUGCGGGUGGCGAGGACGGCGACCUCUCGAAGAUGUUCCUCGGAAUGAUGGAGCAGCUGACCAACAAAGAGAUGCUGUACGAGCCGAUGAAAGAGCUGUCGACGAAAUAUCCGUCGUGGCUGGAGGAGAACACGCCGGCCAAGAACCCGAAGCUGACGCCGUCCGAACACGACCGAUUCUCGCGGCAGCGCGUCAUCGUCGAUGAGAUCGUGGCGAAGUUCGAGAUGAAGGGCUACAGCGACGACGACCCCAAGUGUCGCGAGUUCAUCUGGGAGAAAAUGCAGCUGAUGCAGGGCGAGGGCGCCCCGCCGGAGGAUCUCGUUGCGAAUCCGUUUCCCGGCAUGGGCAUGCCCGGGCUGGGGUUGGGUGAUGGCGCGGAGGCACUGGAGGAGGGGUGUCCUACGCAAUGA